GGUUCAAGGUAUACUUCUGCAAGUUCUUUCUUGGUCCCCUCUAUUAAAACUAUCUCUUUCUUUUAGUCUACACAUUCCUGUGUUUUUCUCUUUCCUUAUUCCAGCACUGUCUUAAUCUACUAAUUUUGCCUAUAUAUAUAUAUACAUCGCCAUCUAUCCAUGUAAUAAUCUUACAAGUUUCAAAAAUCCUCCCAAUUUGUGCGGUUUCUAGGCUCUGCAAAUUGAUAUAGUAAUUGGGCUAACCCAAAUUUCCAAAGCCCGGAAUCUUGAUUCUUUGCCCUUUGAUUCCUUUCAUCAGGGUAUUUCAAGGAAGGAAAAGCAAGAGACAGAGAAGGACCCCGAGGAUUUAUCUGGGGUUUUCUCCGUCUUCCUAAUUUUCUGAAGGAGCGAGCAGACACAGUUUCAUGGAUUCCCAGGUUUUGGUCGCUCUGGGUCUCUCAAUGUUGGGUGGCCUAAGUACCUCUUUAGGUGCUCUAUUUGUGAUCAUCAAUCAGACCCCCAACUUGAAGAUGCUUGGUCUUUUGCAGGGUUUUGCUGCUGGUCUUAUGCUGAGUAUAUCAUUCUUAGACUUGGCUCAUAAUGCAUUGAACUCCAUUGGAUUCUUAAGAGGAAACCUCUGGUUCUUUGCAGGUGUCAUUUUCUUUGCUCUCGUUUCAAGCUUCAUCCCAGAACCUACACUUUCUCCUACUCCAAAUUUACAGAACAAAAAGAAAGGUGAGGAUGAUGGUGGCAAAGAUAUCAUGAAAAAACACCGCCGACAAGUCUUCUAUAGUGGGAUUGUUACGGCAAUAGGAAUAAGCUUGCACAACUUUCCAGAGGGAAUGGCUGUGUUCCUUGGAUCAAUCAAGGGUCUUCGAGUUGGUAUCAAUUUGGCCCUUGCCAUUUCGUUGCACAACAUCCCAGAGGGUGUUGCGGUUGCACUUCCAGUUUAUUUUGCAACUCAGAGCAAAUGGCAGGCUUUCAAGAUUGCUACACUUUCCGGCUUGGCAGAGCCCUUGGGUGUGAUUAUUGUAGCCUAUCUAUUUCCAAGCAGCUUAAGUCCUGAAGUUCUGGAGGGCCUCCUUGGAUCGGUUGGUGGGGUGAUGGCUUUCCUAACCCUGCACGAAAUGCUGCCACUGGCAUUUGACUAUGCGGGCCAAAAGAACGCAGUCAAGGCUGUGUUUCUUGGAAUGGCUUUCAUGUCUGCUAGCCUGUAUUUCCUACAGACCAGCUUACCGGAGGAUAUGAGCUUGUAGUUUCUGAUCAUACGACGCCAACCUGAGAGUCCAAUAGUUCUUCUAACCAUGUUUGGAAACCCCACCCCCACCCCCACUCUUCCUCCUUCUCCAUGGAUGAAGGGUCACAAGAAGAGAAUAGUAGAAGACAGGAAAAGAAUAUUUGUAAAAUGAGGGAUAUUGCAAAUUCACUGUAUAUGUGACUGACUGACUAUAUACUCAUCAGACAGUUGUAUAAGUAUAUUCCCAUGUGAAAUAAUAAUAAUGACAAUUGAUCCUCAUUGAGAUGUCAA